ACAGAUCACACGACCGAUUGGGAGAAGUGAAGUGAAAGACGAUAUCCACAGCAAGGGCCAAAGACAACAGAAGGUUCGAUACAAUCGUACUUCCCCAUCGAUUCGCAACGCCGUGCCCUACACAGAUGUUCCCCCAGUUGAGUGUUUUGUGCACCUGUCCCAAAACGAAGAAUCCUCUCCUGUGCAUCUAAACCGUGAAUGUUUCGUUACGGCGUACAGGUUUUUUACAUAAUUGAGUGAUUUUUCGGGAUUCUAAAGUGUUUGAUGAUAUGCACGUCACGAUACAUGGGGGUUAGUGGGUAUGUGUUUCAGUAAGUUGCGAUUGCGAGCAGUGAGUGAGUGCAGCACGCGAUAAGCGGACGGGAGGAUACACAGUGAAACGUACGGGUAUCACAAACAAAUGCAAAAGGGCUGUGUGAGCGCGCAACCAUACACAAACACGCGCAGGGAAGCGAGGAAGAAAAAUUCAAUUGAUUUUCUCCCUCCUCCCCCUUCCCAGAAGGUGCGAUGCGUUUCCGUGGUAGUGGUGACGGUGUUCAGCUAAUGAAAUCGGGAACCAAGCUGCUGCCGCUGCUGCUUGUGCUACUGCUGAAACCCCUUACGGCGGAUCAUUUCUGGACGGUUCGGCGACCGACGGUGCUGUGAAGCGUCUUGUGUGCUGUGCUCUGCAGGGUUGUGUGUCAGAACAACCGCGUUCCUGUCCUACUUAACGUUCCUGUGUUGGUGGUGGUGGUCAUUUGUGAAGCGGAAAGGGUUGAAGGACAAGUGACCACUUUUGUAAGUGUGUAGUGUGCUGUGUGCUGGUUUUAUAUUGUUAGUCUGUAGAGUGUAUCGUGAAGAAUGUCGACCAUCGCCGCCGUCGUUGUCGCCGCCCUGGCUUGUGGUGUCAUUGGAUAAGGCAGGCAAAUCAUUCAUAUUGCUCAGUGGCUGCUGCUGCUGUUGCUGCAGCUCGGAUUACUGUCGACGUGCAUAUCGAAAGUAGCGCUUCAGGCGCCGCCAUCUCUGAUCGCUCGAGAGGGGACGCAGAAGACGCACAAAAAAGGCAACAUCCAAAGUGUGUUGUUCGGUGUGAGAAAGUUAAGCUAGUUUGCGUUCGUGUCUAGUGUGUUGGAAAGUGGCCCUUUUUUCAUUUCCCCCCCGUACGCAUUAAGGGCAGUGGUGUGCAGCACAGUUGCACGGGGUAUAGUGUUGUCACGCGCGAGUGUGUACGUGUGUGUGUGUGUGUGCGUUUGUCUGUGUCCGCUGUCCACUGUGGUGUGUGAAUGCGAAAUAGUGUAUCGGUUGUUUGCUGCAAGUCUGUUUUCUCAUCAACUGGUGGUGGUGGUGUUGGUGCUCGUCGGCCGUAAAGAAGAGCAACAUGGCGCUCUCCUCCGAUCCGUACGAACAGAAGCUGUAUCACAUGUUCCAGGCGCACAGCAGCCCAGGCAAUGGUGUGCUCGAUCGAGACGCGCUGGUCAAGCUGUGCCACACGCUGGAGCUGAAGGAGCGGGGCCAUCUGCUGGUCAAAUGUCUGAUGACCGGGUCCAAGACGCACGUCAGCUUCCGGGAAUUCCGCGAAGGCCUACUGCACAUCCUUGGCGGGAACGAUGGAUCGAGCAGCCAGCAACCAGCCGGCACCGGCGACCUGGACGCUGCUGCUACGUCACCGUCCACGCGGUCGAGGGAAGCGUACGAAGAAUCAGACUCCGAUCAUCCAGAUCAGCAGUCGCAGCAGCAGCAGCAGCAAAAACAGGAAGUACUGGAUCAACAAAUGGCUUCCUAUGCCUCACCAGUUUGCCUUACGACCCCUGGCAAAACCAACCACAUCGGUGGAAACGCGGGCAGCAACAGCAGCACUAUUAGUAGUACAUCGAGCAAUUCGUCUACAUCCGGUUCGCCGUCAUUCCACAGUGCUGCAGGCAAGUUUUCGAACGGCGGUAGCAGUAGCAACAGUGGCAGCACACAUAAGCACCGAUCGCCAACGCAACAGCGCAGUAGUUCAGCUCCGAAACCCUUCCACGGCAAGACAGAAACCUCGGGCCACAAGCUACCCCACGAGGAUGAUGAGGUGGUUGAGAAGGAGAAGAAGAACGUUAGCCUUUCGACGGUAAUCGGUCAUGCGAAGACACUACCGCACGACAAGCAGAAGACGAGCGUUGAUGGCGUUCCGGUGGAUGAUAACGAAUUCAUGAGUCAGCCCAUCGUCAAUCGUCUGCCGAAACAUGAGGCCGAGGUGGACGAAACGUCGGAUCGGGAAGUAUCGCCGAAGUUUGUCGUCGGCACGAAGAAGUACGGUCGCCGGUCAAGGCCACGGGAGGACGUGAACGGGCUCGACUCGUCUUCGCUUUCGUCCAACUCGGAUAAUGAAUCGGUCACCGUGAAAUCGGCGGCAAGGAAGACAGCAGCAGCAGCAGCCGCCGCCGCCGAGGAAGAGGAGCCGAUUUCCGUGCAUCAUGUUCCUGGCAGGACGCGCCAAAGCUUCAUCACCGGCACGGGGACUGUUGCCUCGUCCAAGGUGCAGCGGUCGGCAUCGCAGAGCGACAUACACGGCUCGAAACGACGCCGACCGGUAAUGGCUGGUGGGACGGGUGUGAAUCGGUUAAAACGGUGUGCCUCCCUGCCGACGCACCGGCAGCGUCCGACGGUGGUGGAAAGCAAACGCAACACUACCACGGUCACGAUACGCGAGCAGCUGCACAUGGACGAUGAUCGGAUCGAUCAAAAGAUCUACUUCAUGAAUCUGUCCGAGAAUCUGCGCGAAAUCUGGGACUCGCUGCUGCUCGACUCCGACCGCCGGCAUGGCGAUCUGCUGAACCAGGCCCAGCUGGAGGAGGUGUGCGAGCGGGUGGGGUUGCAGAAAGUGCCGGCCCGGUUGGCCGCCCAGGAAGUGUUUAACAAGCUGUCGCUGCAACCGAUCGAGGGUAUCGGGUUUGAGGAAUUUAUUGCCCUGCUCGAAAGCAACACCGAUCUGCUGCCGAUGAGUGAAACCAAGGAACUGCAGCUAGGUGAUUGCGGUACCGGCGGCAGUCCCACGGUCACCCCGUCCGUCGUUUCGCCGGAAGAAAGUGCUUUUAUGCUUGCAAUGCCGCCAGAUUGGACAUCGGAAAUCGGAUCGCUGGCUGCUUCCAUCAUCAUCGACAUGUGGGAAUCGGCGGGCAUUGAUGCGCCGGCCAAUUUGCUGCACGAUCUUGGAUUCGAUCGAGACGUAAUACAGGUGGCCGAUUUGGUGCAGGCGCUCGAGGAGGAACACCAGCGGCUUGUGAGCGGUCACAUGAACAGCAGCACUAUCAGCAACAUUAGCAGCAAUCCGUUCGACGAUGCUGCACUCAUCGUACGAGCGUCGCUGGCACUGCACAAGGCAGAGGUGACCGCACUGCGCCAGGCGUUCCAUCAGUUGGUGGAGGAGAACAAGAAGCUGUACGCGGACAACAAGGAAGUGAACCACCGGGCAGUGCUGCUCGCGCAGGAAGUGGAUGAGCGACACAACUCGCUGGAAAACUCGACCCGCACGAAGAUACGGCAUCUGGAGCAGCGCCACCACGAAACGGUUAAGGAGCUCUCGUCGCAGCUAGCCUUCGAGCGGGAGCAAUUGUCACACGCGAAUGCAAUGCUGGAAAAGCGCAUCCAAACGCUGGAGGGCGAGGAGGGAAAGCUGAAAACGGAAAUCUCUCGCCUGGCGGAGGAAAAUGACGAACUGCGCCAAGAUCAGGAGAAUCUGACGAAGGAGAUUACCGACCUGCUGGAGAAGAACAUCAAACUCAACCGAGACAUAGCGGAGCUGGAGGAAAACAACCGCAACGAUUAUGCCGACGACGACGAGUGUGGCUUUGUGCGCAAGGACAGCGAAGAGGUGCUGGAUUUGAUCGAUCGGAUAUCGUUGCUGCAGAGCGAAAAUACGGGUCUGCGCGAUAAGAACGACGAGCUGAGUGCCGAGAUAGAGACGCUCAACGUUGAGCUGAGCAAGUUCAAGCUGAAACGCUGCACAACGGCGGCGGAGGACUUAAGUGCAGCGGGAAGUGGAGAUGGCCCGGCUAGCUCAGCGGCUAUCAAGCGGCGGGGAGAUUCGCCGAGCAAAACGCGACUGGCGGAUGAAAGCCAUCGGUUGGGCAAAUUCCGCCGAUGCAGCAACGAGAAUGACAUCGAAUCGGACUCCUCGUCGGGCGAUUGGAUGGCACUGCAUUCGGAGCUGGGGCAGAGUCUGCGGGGCGCUGAGGUAGCUGGUUGUGCGGAGCUGACCGGUGCAUCGUCCGGAAUUUCAAGCAUGAACGAAUCAUCAUUGAGCCGUGACGAUGAAAUCAAAACGCUGCGUGCGAGAAUUGAGGAGCUCGAGGUGCAGCUGAAGGAAGCGAAAAAAGAAAUCGCACUUCCGGAACAGGUGCCUGCCGCCGAAGAGUCGGCCAAUGUCGCAGCAACGUCCAGCGAGGUAGCAGUACCAACACCGGCCGAGAACUCGACGCCGACGAAGGAGGAGGAAUGCAAAAAGCUGAAGGCACGGUGCGAAGAGCUCGAAUCGAGCUUGGAGCAAAUGCGCAAGGAGUACGAAGACUGUGAGGAUUACUGGCAGACGAAGGUGAACGACGAGCGGCUGCUGUACGAAGAGGAGCAACGUAUGAGCGAUGACAAGUUCACGGAGCUGCUCAAGAAGGUGGCCGAAUACGAGGAACAGUUUGCCGGUAAUUCCAAGAUGGAAAAGGAUGGUCGUUUGUCGCCUAUCGACGAAAAGGAUGGGUUGGAGCAGCAGUAUCUCGAGCUGGAGGCGGACUUCGAGCAGGCGCAGCUGGCACUGGAAGAGAGGACGUCCGAGGUGGAGAAGUUGCGCCGCAGGAUACAGGAAAUGGAACAGAUGCACAAAUAUCCUUCGGAGAUGCUACUUUCCCCAUCACCGCGUGUAGAAACACCGGAUGUAGAGGAUCGGCCAGCCAGUUCCCCGAUCAGCUACUUGUGGAAUCAAAGUACAAUCCAGCGGCCAGUGCGGGAUUAUCAAAACCCGAACUGGCGUCCUCCUACCGUAGUGAAUGCAAUUUCUGAAUCGGUUCUGGUUGAAGAAAAGUGUUCGAUUGCGGUGGCGACGCCGUUGAACGCUGAGCUGGUGACUGAAAACAAAAGUAGCGAGUUUAUGGGUUCGUCUACCGAGGUCGACGAUGUAGCUGCUGCCUCGUCAAGCUUCGAUCGCAUUAUUUCACCGAUUCAGAAACCAACCACCGUUGUUGGCAGCUUCGAUGGGGAAAGCUCCUCCGGUGCGAAAGAAGACGAAAGUCAACACUGCACUACUGUGGCCGUGUUGGAUCAGGUUGAUGCGUCGGACGCAUGUUCAGUUAAAUCAGCGCGCAGCACUCACAGUCUCGCUUCGACGCACAGCAUCCAACAUUCGAUUGCCAAUUCCGAGGGAAGUACGAGCGGGGUGCAAACGAAGCAUCUGCGGUUGAUGCAGCUACAGCUGCAGGAUGAAAUUAAAGACCUCACGCAUGAGCGUGAUUGUCUGAUGAUGGAGCUGCAGCAGCUGAAAGAGGCCAAGUCGGUAUUGGCCAGAUCCUACGCCAAGACGGCUUCACAUCCUAACCAGAUGCAAAAAAUACAGAACCUAGAGCAAAAGAAUCGCCAUCUACAGCUGAUGGUGAAGCAACAGCAGCAGUAUACCGAAUCCAUCUUGCAUCAAAUUUGGCAACAGCAGCGCAGUGAAAUCAAUGAUCUGCGCAACCGGCUGGAGGCACAGUGCGUUGUGAUAUCGGAUCAGGCGGCACGGCUGGCCAACAACGACAUACUAGUCAAAGACAUGUACGCGGAGAACUCGCAGCUAAUGUUGCAGGUGCAGCGGCUGGAGCAUCAGUGCAAUCGUGCCAACUGGAUGCAACAGUACAACCAAUCCAACUCAUCGUCCGGGAGCCACCACGGUUUGAGCGGCAUCAUGCCUGGGCUGCCGUAGCGCCGCCGCUGUGUCCUGACUGCGCCCGGCAACCAGCAGCAGGAGCAGUAAGGAAUGGAAUGAUGGGAGUGUUAUGUGGUGGUCCCUUGUCAUUCGGUCGUUACGUUUGUCGGUCUGAAAUAUUGCCAUUUCUUUCAAUGUUUUGUUUACUGAGCCUGAAGAGAUCCUCAUGUACACGGCCUAAUGUAAAUGGGAAGGUUUAAUGCGUAUCGGUAGCCUCAUCAUGUUUAUACGGUUGUUUCUAUAAAUACGAUCGAAGCUAGUUCUUUUACACACACACACUCUUCUCUGAAAUGUUUCCCGCAACGUUUCCUCUAACGCCUUCUGUGUGAAUACUGUUUUCUCGCCGUUUAGUUUGUAGUGCAGCGUGCAGCAAAGACAGGAGACUUGUGGCAUUGGUUAGUGUUUCAAUUUUAAACGUUUACCGUACAUGUAUGCAUGUGUGUGAGGGUGUAUAGAAGAAAGUAUGAAGAUCAACGUGUGUAUGCCAUUUGCGAACUGGUAAAUUGUACCGCUUAGAGAGGUUCUCUGUUUUAACUGUUGUGUAAGGAUAAGAGCUUAUAAGAACGUCCAUAGGUUCCAUUUUUUCCUCCUCUCGUUUGUACGCUUUAUGAUAUUUAAAUUCGAGUGAUUUCUAUUUAUUGAACACGUGUUAAGAUACUUGGGCUGCAAUUUUAUUGUAAGAGUACUACUACUGCUCCUCAGUCGAUACUUGAGCCCAUUCUUUCUGGAAACAGGAAACUAAGCGUUACUGCAGCUACAACUAAUAAUACUAACUCCGUACACCAGCGGGUAUGGAAAGAUAUUGUGCAACAAGACGUAAUUGUUACUAAAGAUCUGUGAUUUGUAGUGGAAAGCAAAACCAGCAGGAAAGCAACACACAGCGAACGAGUCUUUGUGUUUGUGGCACGAAUAUUCUAUUGUUCAUCAGGAAUUGUGUAAUGCUAGAAGUUUCGUUCCAACACUCCUGAUUCGUUUGCGUCUCUGUGUGCGUGUGUGUCUAUGUGAGCGAGGAGAAAUGUUGCCUUAUAUUUUGCAUUGUAAAUUUUGCUUUUGCGCACCUACUGUAAACACUUCACCGCAAUAAGGCACACCGAUACCGAUUUUUAUUUUCUACUCUCAGAACACGAUCACGAUCGCUUAAGACUAAACACUACGAACCAGGUGAACUAUUGUUAGCAUAUGAGCUUACGGGAUGUAAUAUCAAUUUCAUGUUAGAUUACGAACAAACUACCAAACUAGCAAUGUUUCUAACGAAAAGACAGUGGAUAAACGCGAGUCGAGGAAUAAUAGGCUGAUUUUAGUGUAGGGGGGAGUGGUAAGGAUAUACAGAAAACGGAAGCGGUAUUGCACAUCACAUUGUGUCCUAUCGAGCAUACGAAUGAAUACCGCAACAGACGCUCAGGAGGACACACAUUGAAUUAUGUAUGUUAGCAAAAGCUAUCCAGCAGUGCUAAAACUAUAAAUUCUGUAAUUCUAAAAUGAGGAGGGGGAGGGGGCAGUACUAGAAGAAGGAAUCUGGCACAAUUGAAGGCAUAUUUGCACGGUAAAACAUACGUGUCUGUAGUGCGUACGGUCGAUUACCACGAUAUAUUGCAUACUGAAUUAAGUUAACUUGUAAAAGACAGACAUUGUGCUACUACAGAUGGUUAAAACUGGAAAAUCCUCUGAACUAUUUAUUAUUGAGCCAGAAGGACGUCCAAACGGAAGGAAACACAUCUAAGUAAGUGCUUAGCCUAAGCAGCAUUGGGAACAUUCACUUCUUACAGCACAGAAAGCGGUUUAUCAUGUUUCGUCUUCGGUUAGCGGGGAACCAAGGAACCAUUGUUUUUAUUAAUGUUCAAAUUUAUAUCGAGAAGAGAUAGCAAUCGGGCAAGAGAAAAGGUCAAAUGUUAAACUAAAAGUAAAGUGUUCUUCAUUCGAAGAAGAAAACAAGAUGAUAUGAAGAUAUUAAAACUAACGUUUAGUGAAAUUGUUUA